AGAAGUGAAAUAUAAAAAUAUUUCAUGGAUAUGUUUAUAACCUUAAAUAUAUUUACUGUAGUUCAAUAACUCUAGAUAUGAUAUUAUACUUAAAUAAUUCGGUAUCUAUCGUCCAUUUAUUCCGAAAAAUCAUCAUCAUUUUAGAAAAUUAAAUUUGUGAAUAAUUUGAUUAAUUUUCCCUUCGUAAUACUCCAACAGUAUCCACUUUUAAUUAGUGAGACAAAAUUUUUGACUUGUCUAUGACAGACAGUGCAAAUCUUUUAAUUCCAUUUUAGUAAACUUACAAUGGAAAAUAAAUAUUUAACAACUAAUAGUCCUACAAUCCAUUAUCAUCGGAUCGUACAAUGCAUAGUCAACGGGUCGUACAAUCCAUAAUCAACCGGUGUUAUAAUAAAUAGGACUUUUGUUAUUUUAAUGAUAUUGUUAUGAUUUUUUAGCUUUAGAUCGGUUAAAAAUGCAAUUCAAAAAUUUUAUAAUAGCCCAACAUGGCCAUUAUAAAUAAUUUCAUUGAAUAAUUUCUAUUCAAAUUUUUUUUUUUUUUUUUUUUGUCCUCCCCUUCCUCGCCGUUAAGGCUAUACGGGGUUUUCCCGGGCCAGGGGGUGUGGGCGGGGAUUUAAAAGACUCCCCCGGCACCGGGACGAGAACUCGUGGUUAUUUUUUUUUAUCACAAUCUUAUAUAUCAGGUUGCCGGGCAACGGCGGUGCAGUGCACACGCUUUAGCCCAUUCGGCUACCCCGCCCACUUUCUAUUCAAAGUUGAGCGGUAAGUGAAAGUUGUGCACCAGAUUUUUUUUUUUUUAUAUUACAUUAGAAAAUUUGUCUGUGAGGAUGAAUUUUCCGUGUAUUUCUCUUUUCUUUAAAUACGUGUUUUUUCGUAAUUAUUUUUCUACCAUCCAGAGGAGGACGCGGCACCUGGCAGAAAUCGCUAGUGCUGGUCACUUUAAUAAUUGUUUUUUUAUAUUACAUUACGAAAUUCAUCGUCUGUAAGGAUGAAUUUUCCCUAUAUUUCUCUUUUCAUUAAAUAUCUGAUUUUUGAAACUUUAAAAAAAAAUUUCCAGCCUCCAGAUGGGGAGGGGGCGCCCCCUGGCUGGAUCCGCUAGUGACGCGGAAUCGCAUAAUCUAUAAUCGGUAAAUAUGAUUGAAGUGAUUAAAUUGCAGCUCAUAAUUGGGUAUAUAAAACUGUCGGGCUUAGUUAACUAAAAGAUUAAUAUGUACUGUACCAACUGGCAAGCGUUCGAGAGACAGACCAAAGCGUUGGUGGGAAGAUUGCUGAUCUGGCAGGAUUAGUUUUGGACAACGGUCAGUCGAUGGAAGUAUGUUGACAUCAAUUGGUGGCAUCGGCAUUGAACCUUCGGAUUUGCUAAGGCUUUAUUAUUGUUAUAAAUUAUACUUGCCAGUAUUCGAGAUUACUUCAGACCUAUUCCCGGAACAUCUUUUAAUUUAUCACACAGUCAACUAUCAAUACAUGAUACAUUUUUUUUUACAGAAACAGAAAAACUGCCUGAUGAAAGAAAUUGGCCCGGAAGAUUUUAUCCAUCCUGGGGAAACGUAUCUCCAUCAUCCAGGUUCGGACUUAUGCUCCAUGCAUAUGGCUUCGCUGGCUCAUUUACUGUGCUUGCAUUCUAUGCUUUCUUUUCAGUUCUCAAUAUCAGAUCAAUGAUCGCAUCAAGGCCAUACAUGUCAACCAUAAACGUCUUUCUCUGUCUCCUGGGUGCUUCCAGAGCUAUAGUUCUUUUUGUUGAUCCUUACGCUCUUCGUGAUGUGAUGCCGAAAGCAAUGGCUGCUGCGAUUUUUGAUUUGGGUACAGCCUGUAUAACUUCAGCUUUGUGUCUUACUCACCUGGCUUUAGUUCAUAUUGCACAGGUAAAAAUGAAACUAAAGCCAUUCUCAAGUAAGACCUUCAUAAGCGUUGCAAUCACCCUCCAUCUUUCUUGUCUUCUUGGAAUGGAUAUUUCCAGUGCUCUACAGCCUCGCUUUUCAUACGUGGUGAAAAUCAUUAUUGAAACAAUAUUUCUUAUAUGGGGCUUGACUGUCUGUGCUGUGUUUCUUUGUGCUACACAUCGCGCCAUGUCAGUACUUCGUUCCAUGCCAUCUACAAUGUUGGAUAGGGAUUUGGAUCCUAAUUACAAAGGCAUAAUGCAGUUAUCGGCACUGGCACCAUAUAAUAACUUAGCUGGAUCAGUUGCAUCUGCAUUAAUUCCAACAUUGCUUGCACCAAAAAUAGCAAGAGAAGCAGUAGAAGUAGCAUCAUCAUCAUCUUCAUCAUGCAAAAGUGAACCAAUGAAAAGCAGCAUUAUGAAACAUGCCAAGCAAAGUCCUAACAGCUCUGAUGGAGAAGAUUCAACAAGACUUUGUUCCUCAAUUCAAAAAAACCGUGGAACAAAAAAAUUAAGCUGGGGCACAGAGCAAAGAUGUUCAGGACAAACCUUGAUAAAGGGUAUGAAUGAUAAAAAAUCUGGCAUUGAAGAAGAGGCUGAAGAAGCAACAGCUAACACAAGUUUGCUUCCACAACAGGCCUGCAAGAGAGAUACAGAGCUGACAUUGGAUGCUAUACUGAACCAUAUAGCUUACAUGAGUCGGGAACGGCCCUGCAAUGGUGCUGGAAGUGGAAGAAGGCGGGCUGCAAGAGCUCUCUAUGUUGCUGGCCUCUCGGGAGGUCUCGGUGGCAGUUUACUUGGCCUUCAGUUGGCUGCUCUUUACCUACCCGAUGGUUGGAUUUAUGAUGGCGACAAGAGAUGGCUUUGUUAUGAGACGCUAUGUAGAAGUUUGGAGAUUUCUGCAGCUUGGGGAGUGGCUAAUUUGACUAAGCAACCAGUCAGUGAAAGGGUUAAAUCUCCAUCAAGACAUGGUAUUUUUAUGUAA